UGCCCACUCAUUCACUGCAGGCUGCAGAAAUUAUAGAACAAAUUAAAAACGCAAUAACAGAAUUACAGCAGUAAAUUCGACACAAUCACGGAGUCCAGUGCUCCGGAACCCAAACGAAAGCAAUUAACCGUGUUCAAAGUAGAGAAUAGGUCGUGAAAGUGGGUGUAUCCGUCGCCGAAAAGUGAGAUACCCCUUUGUGUUUCUUUUUUGUUCGUUAUAAUUUUAUUUGUCGCUCGAAUUGGAUUGCGAUUUAAUGGUAAGGGAGGGGACUCGCUGCAGGGGUGCUCCCAAGUGAUUUUCCAUAACCAGCGCUGAGUGGACGGAAAUGGCGAUCGGUUUGGCGAACAUGUCGCUAGCAGCGUCGUCGCUGGUUUUCUUCGCUCUGCUGCAGACAGUUACCUGUUACACCGUCAUCAUCACCGCUCCCGAGCAGGCCCUCAUCGGAUCCACUAUCAAUGUGUCCGCCAAGCUUUUCGAUGGCGACAAACCGGCUCCCGGGGGCAGGCCCUACAGGUUCACCUGGUCCGACAGUGCUGGCCAUCGGAAGGCGAUUGAAACGAACAGCGCUACCAGCAAUUGGUCUGUGGUGUACACGCAGGAGCAACCGGCCACGCAUGUCAUCAAAGUGGAAGUGGAGAAGUUCGUCUCCUUUUUCUGGGUGACAGAGGCCAAGGCCUCGAUUGGAAUCAAGCUGGACAGCUUGCUAGGCGGCCGGUUGGAGCUGAUUCAGAACAAUGUGAUAAGACCCCAUGAGUUUGUGUCCACCCAGGAGGCGGUGAAUCACAGCGUAUCGCUUUCCGAUGCGGACCUACUUUUUCUGCGGUCGAAGGGCUAUCGCAUUCUGACCUAUUGGUUUCAGAACUGCACAUAUCUCGGGAUGUCUAGUUCGUUGGACUAUCUGGCCACAUAUCCGAAAGCUGAGCAAUACUAUGAUAUGGAGGUAUUAGUGGUGGCUUCACUAGAAAUUCCGCCGGAGCCGACGCCCUCAACUACGACCACCACAACAACUACUACUACAACCACUACUACGACGACGACGACAUCAACAACCACAUCUACAACUCCAGCAACUACGACAACACCUGCCACAACAACCACUCCGAAAACAACAACGUCGUCAACAACUACAAAAGCAACAACUCCAAAGCCGCCGGCACGAUUCAAACGCGAUGUAGCCCAGAUUAUGCAUGCCAACGCUGCCCUUCUCGGCUUAAACAUAACCAGUGCGCUAAAGCAGCAGAAGGCUUCCGCUGAGAAUGGUGGGAAUGUGUCCGUGGCUCUGGUCAAUCCGCUUGGAGUGCGAAGGCUGUCCAAGCUCACUUUGGUACCCGGCCUUCAACCGCCAUUCAAUUGCGUGACCAAAAAAUUCGUGGCCCAGGAUCCCAAGCAGAUAUACGGCUAUUUCCAGCAACGCGUUGUGUCUAAGGAUCCCAUAAGCGGUUUCGGCACCACGGGCAAAAAUUGGCUUCAACACUGGGAGGUGCUUCAGCUCAAUGUCAACUGCAAGGGAUCACCGCCGUUUGAGCUGUGCACUCAAGUCUUCACUGCUCCUUACAACUCCACGGGCAAUGAGACCUGCGACCAGUAUGAACCAAUAGAAAACUGCUCAUAUGAAUUCAUGCGUUACUUCAGUGAAAGCAAGACUAUUCUGUUCUUCAUACGCAAUGAGGUCUCCCAAACACUCAAUCAGGUCACCAUCAACAUGUAUGAAGCUCAGCGUCAAUCUCAGCUUUCAGUCGUGGUUGUGCCCGUAAGCUGCACUUUGGUGGCGGUAAUUCUUGUUGUUUUCGGCGUGGCCUAUUAUAUUCAACGGGGAAAUCGCUUCAAUGUUGAAGUGGCGGAUUUCAACUUCGGCGACACGCAGUCGGUGGACAUGGAGUACAAGACAUUCCCGCAGCGCCUAAUCGACAGCAUCCGCGAUGCCUGCACGUGGCCGGGUCAACGGCGUCACUCGCAGUCCAGCGUAGAUCUCAUGGCGGACCAGGAGCAGCCGCCGAGUCCGAGCUUUGCAGGCAAUGUGGGCGAUGUAGAUAGCAACUUGCGCUACAACACUUUCAACUAGGUUCUUGAGGGAAUCGGUUAGAAAGCAGUUACCUAUGCAAAAUAUUCAUAUAAUUUAAUUUCGGCGCCCAAGUUCUGAAGUCCUACUACUAUGUCUCGUUAAAUUUGGUCAAAUCAUUUGCAACUGUAUAGCCUUGAACCUAAAUUUCGGUUUGAGGGGCAUGGCAGUUUUCACUAAA